AUGGCGUCCGCGGGUCUUCUCAUGCUGCUCUCUGCUGCUGUGUUGGUCCUGAUCCCGAGUGGAAAUUGUGACAAGAUGUGCUCACCUGUGAUUAAGGACGUUAACCUGUUCCUGAUGGGAUCACCGGAUGAAUAUAUUAAUAAUUUGAAGAACUAUAACUUAAAUCCUAUUAUGUUGUCCCUCUCUCGAAAGCUGAAGGAAUGUGUUGAUGGGAAGUUGACCGAGGAGGAUAAGCAGCUAGCACAAAGUGCAUUGCACCCCAACAUCCCUGCUGGCUCCUCUAGCACUGUGGAGGCCUCCCCAGAGGUACUCCAUGACUUUACUAGUGUCCCAGAGGCCCACCCAGAGGAUCCCCAGGCCCCCACCAAGCUGCACUAG